AAGAUAAUCAGCUCAAUACGUUCAUGUUACUGUUCCAUUCGAUCGUUUACACAUAUUGUCGUACUCCACGGAACUUGAAUCGUCCAAAAAAUUGAAUAUUUGUCCAUAAUUUUACCAAAUUUAUAAACCAUGUCGUUAAGUAUCAGUGAAGUGGAUCAACUCAUAACUAAGGCGGACAACCAUGGCGCAAAAUUUAUGGAAAAUUGUCAUCCAAAAAAUAAAGGAUUAUGGAAAUCGCGAGCAGCUCGUUCUAGCGAUGUCGUCAUCGUGAAUAAGACCAAAUUCCAUUUUAAAUUGACCUCGGAGUCGAAAUCCUCCGGCGUGUGGACUGAAGAGAUGCUACCCGUUUCAGACAUCAAUCCUAAACGGUCCGUCCUCUUCGGGUGUCAAAGUCGCGGAUUUAUGACGGGGUGCACGGAAUGCUGCGUUUCAUACAAGAGCAAAUGUGGCAAUGCAGAAUUCACCGUUUACACGAGCAAUCCAUUCGUCGGUGCGAAACAUGCGGGUGCAAAAUUUGCAUCAAAUGUCACUGUUGCAACGAAUCUUGGCCAGCAAAAUAAUAACAUGGUCUGUUUCACGGUCACAUAAAUGAUAAGGUUUUCAAGACUUAUAAAAGACACAAUGAAUGUAAAUAAGUGUAUGAUUUCAGAAAAUAAAGAAUUUUUACCUGA